UAUAUACAAAAAAAUUUUUUUUCUUUCUUAAACUGAUAAAUAAUAAUUAAAAAGCGAAAAUAAUAUUCAGGGACAUAAUUUAAAGAUAAAAUAUUUUCGAAAAUUUUUUGUAUUAUACCAAAAAUUACAAACAAAUGGCUCGGAAGGAGAUGGUAAUUUGUAACAAAAAUUCUGGGAUAAGGAGAAAAACGAAUUCGUCUGGAGAAAAAACGGAUAAUUGUGACUCCCGUUGUGUCGACAUAUUAUUUCGUAAGAAGGGAAUUGAUUCUGGAAAGUUAUGCGACACCAAAUUGUCCAGAUGCCUAAACCUAUUUGAUCUCACUGCGUUAGGAAUAGGCAGUACUUUAGGUGCCGGUAUAUACGUGGUUGCAGGAAAAGUGGCUAAAGAAGUAGCGGGACCUGCCGUAAUAUUUUCAUUUCUCAUUGCCGCCAUAGCAUCGGUUUUCGCGGGUUUGUGUUACGCCGAAUUCGGUUCAAGAGUGCCAAAGACGGGUUCGGCUUACGUUUAUAGUUAUGUAACCGUGGGAGAAAUAUGGGCUUUUGUUAUUGGUUGGACUCUUAUACUCGAAUACAUGAUUGGCGCUGCAAGUGUAGCUAGAGCCUGGAGCGCUACCUUAGAUGGAAUGGCUCAUAAAAAGAUAUCUACGGCCUUGACAAAGCUAGUUCCACUUAACAUACCUCAAUUGUCGCCGUUUCCUGACUUUUUAGCAUUGGGGAUCACCAUUUUUUCUACCCUGAUAUUGAUAGUCGGUGUAAAGAGUUCCUCACGCUUUAACAAUAUAUUUACAAUGCUCAAUAUAUUGGUGGUCUUAUUCGUUAUCGUGUCCGGCGUCAUCAAGGGCAACAUUUCUAAUUGGAAGAUUGAUACCGAGCUCGUGAACUCACUGAAUACCACUGAAACUCUAUCAAGGAAUCAAGACUUGGGAAUUGGCGGUUUCUUCCCAUUUGGAUUCGCGGGUGUUUUAAGUGGAGCUGCCACAUGCUUUUACGCCUUCAUAGGGUUUGACGCUAUCGCUACCACAGGAGAAGAAGUGAAAAAUCCUCAAAGAACCAUUCCGAUCAGUAUAAUCCUAGCGCUACUUUGUUGUUUUCUGGCUUAUGUUGGGAUAUCAGCAAGCUUAACGCUAAUGGUUCCUUAUUACGAUCUCGAUCCUACCAUCCCCAUUCCUUCCGCAUUUUCCUACAUCAAAUGGAAUCAAGUGGAAAUUCUUGUUUCCAUUGGAACCAUGUGUGGCCUAUCUACCAGUCUAAUGGGAUCCAUGCUUCCAUUACCUCGUGUUAUCUAUGCUAUGGCUAGCGAUGGUCUUAUAUUCAGGAGAUUUGCCAAAGUGAGUCCCAAGCUUAAAACGCCGAUACUAGCCACCAUAUGUUCCGGUAUUUUUGCAGGAGUCAUGGCGCUGCUAUUUGAUUUAAAAGAUUUGGUUGAUAUGAUGUCCCUUGGAACUCUUUUAGCUUAUACUUUAGUAGCGAUUUGCAUCUUAUUACUUAGAUAUCGGCCUAGUGAAUCAUCAUGCGAAUCGACACUAUCGCCGCUUAUACCCGUAAACGAAUUCAUUUUAUCCAAAGAUAAUUCCGUAGAAAAGUUAGAUUUCAAUGUUGAUCGGGAAAAUAAUAUGGUAGAUGAUUUACAAAGUGGCGCAAACGGACCAACUUGGAAACAACUUUUUCUUGCAGGAGGAAAAGUUUCAGAUUUAUCUUCCAAAAUCGUGACCAUUUUAACCGUACUUGCGUGUCUAUCAAUAACAGCAUUUUGUAUUAUCCUGACGAGAGCUGAGAAACACGUAUUUGAAUUACAACCCGUGGCUAUCAUCCCCUUAGCCGUUCUUGGAACCGUCAUUCUCAUAUCUUUUUGUUGCAUUUCCAUGUUACCGCAAAACAAAAUGAAACUCAAUUUUAAAGUUCCCUUGGUUCCUUUACUGCCUUUCUUGAGCAUUUUUAUUAACAUUUACCUCAUGAUGAAUCUGGGCGCCAAUACAUGGAUUCGAUUUGUGGUGUGGAUGGCUCUGGGCCUUCUCAUAUACUUUCUUUACGGCAUUCGCCACAGUUCAGAGCGACGCAUGCCUCCUAUGUUACUAUCUGACGACCCCAUCAGUGCAGAUACAAAUGACAACGAUCGCAAGGAAAAGAUCAAAAUGUUGGCUCAUCUUAACAAACUGAAUACCAAAUCGGACAACUAUAGUUACGAGAAUAAUAAUUUGGAUUCUAUUAGAGUGUCACCCAAGCAAGUCAGCAGGGUUGAUACACAGUUAACGUUUGUUCCCUCUGAAUUAGACAUUAAAAAUUUAUAAAACGUUUACUCAAAAUAUUACUUAUAGCUCGCACCAUAUCUUUAUAUCUUGACAUAUUAUUCAUUCACUAAUAUAAAUAUUUGUAUAUAAGUAUUCUAUUUUUGCCUACAACAACAAUUAUGAA